AUGCCGAAAACAGUCGCUAUCGUUCUUCAUCAAGCUCCACAAAGGAAAACGGCGGUGAGCGACACCCGAGAGGUUCGUCACGCCAAAGUCGAUGUCGCUAUCGUUCCUCAAAAAGUUCUACAAAGGGAAAAAGCAGUGAGCGUCACCCGAGAGGUGCGUCUUAGCCGAGACCGAUCUCGUCAUCGUUCCACCUCUUUCUCUCUAAACAAAAAAUCCGAAAAAAAGGACAGUGAGCGCAAUCCGAGAGAUGCGUCAAACAAAGAUCGUUGUAAUAGCGACUAUUCACCACAUGAGACUAAUUACCACGAAAGAGACUAUGAGCGUAGCCCGAGAGUCGCGUCGUCAAAGAAAAAACGUUCUCGCCGUCGAUCAGAAUCCUCUUUAUCUUCCACCUCUUCAACAAGUUCUUCGUCUUUCUCACGUCCCUCAUCUGUCGACAAAAGGAAAAGGAGAACGCAACCAUAG